GCGAUCAGUUGGCAAGUUUUACUUUUGACACUGGGAACAAUGGGUGUUGGGCUUCCUUGUGCAUUCUCUCUGGCUGCCCACUGGAUUUACGGCUGGCCAAAUAAGCCUGGCUACACCAAAUAUCUUGAAGCAUUUAAACCAAGGCGAAUUUACUGCUUAACUGCAGCUGGCCUUGAUAUCCUGAGAUACCUGAAGUACAGUAAGCUAUAUCUGCAGCUGAAAUGUUGGUACAAAAAUGUAGAUAAUUCUAAAUAUUGUGAAAAGGAUAUUCCAUUUGGCCAUCAUAGUAAUAAACUGGACUUGUAUUACCCAUCAAGAGUGGAGGAACUGGCGCUUACCUCUGCUGUUGUUUUUGUGUAUGGUGGUGCCUGGGGCUCUGGAUAAAAAUCUACUUAUUGCCUUCUAGCAAUACAAAUGGCAAAGCAGUUUAACAAAGUAGUUAUAUGCCCAGAUUAUUCAAUUUAUCCAAGGGGUACAGUAAUGGAGAUGGUGCAAGAUGGUUUAGACUGUGUCUUAUGGAUCAAAGAAAAUGCAUAUGCGUUUAAUAUUCAUAUGGAAAACAUUGUUUUAAUGGGUCAUUCUGCAGGCGCCCAUUUGUGUGCACUCAGUGUACUGCUUCUGGCUGAAGAAAGCAGUGAGCUCAAUAUUGAUCAUGUCAAACAAAGGGAUCUUUUAUCAAGUAUUAAAGCAGUUGUAGGUUGCCAGCUUUUGUUUUACUACAUGGAACAAAGGACAAUGUUGUGCUGUGAAAUCCACCCUAAAAUUCUCAGAGGCGCCGACUUUGGCUGCAGUAAAAGUUGCACUGUAUAUUUUACCAAACAUCAGCCAUACAGAAAUCGUUACAGACCUCAUGGCUAAAAACAGAAGAUACUAC